UUUAAUUGCAGCCGAUGAAUUAUGUCUUAAUGAAUUUUGUGAACAUACCGAAAAAUUUCUUCUUAAUAACGAACCUUUAUUAAAACAAAAUUUUAUUCUUAUUCAAAAAACCGUAAAUAAACUUGGUCAAUUUGAAAAAUUGACACAAUUUUAUGAAACAAGUAUUAAUGAUGAACCAUCCUUAAUUCUUAGGGCAAAUGAUUUUAUAACGAUUCAACAAGAAACUCUCCUUGAAUUUUUAACAGAAUAUAAUCAAAGAUUAAAUCCUAUGGAAAUUUGGGAUAAACUUAUAGAAUGGUCAAUUGGACAAUAUAAUGAAUUACCAAAAAAUACAAAAGAAUGGACGAAUAAUGAUAUGUCAAUAUUUGGAACGUUAAUUAAUCCAUUUAUUACUUUUAUUGAUUUUGAAAAAAUUAGUUUAACAAAUUUUUGUAAUAAUAUUAAACCUUUUAAAGAUAUUUUUGAUAAAGAAUUUUAUGUUCAAAUGCUUGAAUAUUAUUCUUUUAACGAAGAUUCUCAUUCAAAAUUUAAAUUAGAUAUUGAUUCUAAAAUUAUUACUCCUUUUCAUGCUUUUUUAAUUGGAAAUUUUAUUAAAUUAUCAAAUGGUAUUCAAAAUUGUACUUUUGAAUUUCAAUUAUUAGUACGUGGAAGUAGAGAUGGUUUUAAUGUGAAAAAUUUUCAUAAAAAUUGUGAUGAAAAAGGUCCUACUAUUACUAUCGCUAACGUAAAAAAUAGUAAUGAAAUAGUUGGAGGUUAUAAUCCUUUAGAUUGGAAUCCAAAUUUUGGAACUGAUGAAUAUUUUAUCUUUUCUUUGGAUAAAAAGGAUUUGGAAAAAUUUAUCUUUAGUAAAUUUGUUGUUGAAAAUCUUGGAGUUUAUAAAAAUAAUGGUCCUGAUUUUGGUGGUAAUACUUCAGAUUUACGUUUAUUAGAAGGUGAUGCGAAAAAAGGUCAAUGUUAUAAAAAUAGUUAUGAAAAAUUAAUUAGAAAAGUUGAAGGAGUAUUUGAUAUAGAAGAUUAUGAAGUAUUUCAAGUAUCAACUAUUAAUCAUUGGGAAUUCGAUGAUGAAAUCGAAGUCGAAAUUAGUGAAUACAACGAAUAUGAAUAUAUUUUUUUAAAUAAAUUUGAAUGUUUAUAUAAUUUAUGGUAAUUAGAAUCGUCAACGC